GCGGGCAUCGGGUCACCAGGCAUCAGGUCAUUUGGCUCGACCGCAAAUGGGCACCCGCGUCAUCUGGCAAGGCAGUGGGCUCCGAGUCAACAGGCACGACAGUGGGCACCGGGUCAUCAGGUACCGGAUUUGUCUGGCUCGAUAGCAGGGCAUCGGGUCACCAGGUAUGACAGCGGGCACUGGGUCACCAGGCAUCAGGUCAUUUGGCUUGCCAGCGGGCACCGCGUCAAUCUGGCAAGGCAGUGGGCACCGGGUCACCAGGCAUUGGAUCGUCUGGCUCGACAGCGGGCAUCGGGUCACCAGGCAUCAGGUCAUUUGGCUCGCCAGCGGGCACCGCGUCAUCUGGCAAGGCAGUGGGCACCGAGUCACCAGGUACGACAGCGGGCUCUGAGUCAAUUGGCACGACAGCGGGCACCGGAUCAGGUACCGGAUCAUCUGGAUCAACAGCGGGCAUCGAGUCAACUGGCCCGUCCCAGGCUUCUC